CGGGAGAGGGAAGAGAGGCCCACAGAGCAGCUGGCCCGGGGCAGGUGCAGGAGGGGAGAGCAGGGGGCAGAUAAUGAGCUUUCAGCCUGAGCACUUUGGAAAGACAGGCUCUAUUUCCAUCUCUUCACCGCCACCUUAGCAAAAGAUUGGCGAAUCAGACCAGAAAGAACCGGUGGAAAUAGACCAGUGGCUAGCAAUCUCUUGGACUUGGAGAGUGACAGUGGAGGCAGAAUAUGGCCAGCUCCUGGUGGCGGCAGGGAUCUGCAGAGAAGGCAGUGGUGGAGUGACAGAGGACAGGGGGACAGAGGUUGGGAAGAACACAAGCGAUGCGUGCACAUUGACGGCAGACUCCCGGGACUGCAGUCGGCCGCCUUCUCCUUGUGCCGAAGGGGAAGUCCAACAGCUCUCUGGAAGCACUUGAGUCCCGGCAAGAUGACAUUUUAAAACGUCUGUACGAGCUAAAAGCUGCUGUGGAUGGUCUCUCCAAGAUGAUUCAGACGCCAGACGCAGACUUGGAUGUCACCAACAUAAUGCAGGCUGGUGAACCCACUGCUCUGUCAGCCGGCAUGCUGGACUUAAACUCAGUGCUGGGAAAGGACUACGGUGCGCUGCAAGACAUUGUCAUCAACGCCAAUCCUGCCUCGCCGCCCCUCUCUCUGCUGGUGCUGCACCAGCUGCUCUGUGAGCACUACAGGGUCCUGUCCACUGUCCACACGCACUCGGCUGUCAAGAAUGUGCCAGAAAACCUUCUCAAGUGCUUCGGAGAGCAGGCUAAACUCCAGCCGCGCCAUGAGUACCAGCUGGGCUUCACUCUGAUUUGGAAGAAUGUGCCAAAGACUCAAAUGAAGUUCAGCGUCCAGAAGAUGUGUCCCAUCGAAGGAGAAGGGAACAUCGCGCGUUUCCUGUUCUCCCUGUUUGGCCAGAAGCAUGACGCCGUCAACUCGACCCUCAUAGACGGCUGGGUGGAUAUAGCCAUGUUCCAGCUGAAGCAGGGCAGCAGCAAAGAGAAAGCCGCCGUGUUCCGCUCCAUGAACUCAGCCCUGGGGAAGAGCCCCUGGCUGGUGGGGAACGAACUCACGGUGGCAGAUGUCGUGCUGUGGUCGGUGCUCCAGCAGAUAGGAGGUGGCGACGGGACGCUGCCCGCCAACGUGCAAAGGUGGGUGCGGGCCUGUGAGAACCUGGCCCCUUUCAGCACCGCCCUCAAGCUCCUCAGGUGAACCUCAGACACUGAUUCUAGCGAGUUUGGUUCCUAACCAUGGUGCUGUUUGUUGCCUGCUGUUCUCAAAGGGAUUAAGACUCAGAAGUCUUCAGGCCACUUGCCGGGUGUCAAUAAAAGCGUCAUGUGA